AGUACACCACCUCCACUCCCCUACUGCCAGUGAUAGAAUAACACGGGAGAGGGAGGAUGCGUGCCGCUCCUCCCAACGUAACAUUGACUCUCGCUGGAAUAAACGUACACAUACAAGGAUUUCCGCAGCACACGCCAUCCACUAUAAGGAAGAACCAAGGAGGGAAUAAGAGUUGACAGGAUCCGCAACGACCAUCACAACACCACGUCACUGGAAAAACACCCUUAGUGAAGCUGUGGAUAAGGGCGGAAAUAAACCCAGAGAGAUUGAAUAAAAAAAUAGUAAAAAGUGAGCGAAACAAAAAUAAAAAUAAAAGUGGAAAAAAAACUUUUAAAAAGAAGGAAAAAACGGAGAAACCUUCAUAAAUUUUGUGAGAAAAUAAACUUCACCACUGUGUCUGGUGGAGUGAAGGAAAGGGAAGGGAAAAGUAGGUGGAUGAGGAAAAAAAAGAAAGUUUCAGUGAGAGAUUUGGAACAGCAGUGAAGCAAAUUACUACUACUACUACUACUACUACUACUACUACUACUACUACUACUACUACUACUACUACUACUACUAAAGUGACACCUGAUGACUUGCGUGAACUUGCAAUAACACGUACUUAACAGUGAGAAGAACAGUACUGGUGGUAACUUAGCAAACUACUACUACUACUACUACUACUACUACAGUGCGCAUAUAACCGUAAAAAAAAUAAAAACCAACCAACAAACCGCAAACCACAAGCAACAACAACAACAACAACAAAAACAAUUACAUGAAAGAAAGUAACACCAUCCCCAUAAGUGACAGUGACAGUGACAGUGACAGUGAUGAUGGCGGCAGUGAUAAUGACAGUGCAAAGCUGAAACAACCUUAUAGAACACACCACGUAGGCUGCUGACCUCAGACCAUCACCAAGAUGUAAUUCACCUGCUGACCUGCUGACCUGCUGACGCCCACUCCUGCUGCACGGUAGCGGCGGGCGGCGGUGACACCAACACACCUUACCUAACCUAACCUAACGUGACGAGGCAAUGGGGCUGGCGGAGGUUGGCCUGAGGGUGGUGAGGGGGCCUGAUUGGAAGUGGGCGGAGCAGGAUGGUGGGGCAGGACACGCGGGCACCGUCGUGGAGGUAGGGCGGCCUGGCUCUUCCACCACGCCGGAUAGAACGGUGGUGGUUCAGUGGGAUGCCGGGGCUAGGACAAACUAUCGUGUGGGUUACCAGGCUGCCUAUGACCUGAUACUGCUGGAUAACGCGCCUGUGGGCGUGAAGCAUCCAAGCCACAUAUGUGAUGGGUGCCGGCAGCAGGCCAUCGCCGGGAUACGCUGGAAGUGCAACUCCUGCUUUGACUAUGACCUCUGCACCAACUGUUACAUGGGUGACAAGCAUGACCUGGUGCACCCCUUCAUCCGCUAUGAGACAGCCUCCUCCAAGGGGGUUGAGGUGGGUGCCAGGAAAAAUGCAGACAAGAUUCCACUUCAGGGCAUAUUUACUGGGGCCAAGGUGCAGCGAGGCCCUGACUGGGAUUGGGGGAACCAGGAUGGGGGAGAAGGGAAGCACGGCAAGGUGACUGAAAUAAGAGGCUGGGACAACGAAUCGGGUCGCUCGGUGGCAAAUGUGACCUGGACCAGCGGAUCAACCAAUGUGUACCGGGUGGGCCACAAGGGCAAAGUUGAUCUGAAGUUGGUCUGCCCUGCCACUAACGGCCACAUCUACACCCACCAUCUGCCCGUCUUGGGAAAGCAGGAAGCAGAGUGUGGCAGCAGCGUUGAGGUGGCGGUGGCUCCCUCACCUCGCCCGCUGCCCUUUGUGGUUGGGGAGCGAGUGAGGGUCGUGGUGAGUGUGGAUGAGCUGCGAACCAUGCAGGAGGGUCACGGUGGCUGGAAUCACAAGAUGGCAGAGUUCCUAGACAAGGUGGGGGUGGUACAUCGUAUCACAGAUAAAGGGGACGUGCGGGUCCAGUAUGAGGGCUACUCCACCCGCUGGACCAUACACCCCAAGGCCCUGGCAAGGGUCACCACUUACAACCGUGGCGAUCUGGUCACUGUGAUAUCCGACAUGGCAAAGGUGAAGGAGUACCAGAAGGGCCAUGGAGAGUGGAUAGAGUACAUGAGCAGUGCCCUUGGCAAGACAGGCAUUGUGGCGCAUGUUUACUCUGAUGGGGACCUGCGGGUGAACGUGGAGAGCAAAACUUGGACCUUCAAUCCAUUGUGUGUGACGGCAGCUCCUCAGGGUGCUGAGUAUAGUGCCAGCGUGAGGUCCAGUGAGCGACUGGACCAUGGCACUGAGACAGCCGGCCCCAGUGGUGGUCAUCUGGCAUCCCUCUUGCAUCCACUGCUGGACUCAGAGGCAGACUCAACAGUGGUGGACCAUCUAGUAAGGGAGGCAGCACAGGGACACACCCAAGCAGUGGCUCACCUCCUGGACAAACAGCCAGAUAAGGUGGACGGGAAGAGCUCAGGUAAGACGUGCCUGCAGGUGGCGUGCCACCAGGGCCACAUGGACAUGGUGCGCCUGUUGUUGGACCAUAAGGCUUCCUUGGACAUAGCAGAUGAUGAUGGUGACCUGGCUCUCCACUACGCUGCCUUUGGGAACCAGCCAGAGAUCAUGGAGUUGCUGCUGAGAAAAGGUGCAUCCAUCAACGUGGUGAACAAAGCCCGCUGCUCGGCAUUGCACGUGGCGGUGAACAAGCAGCAUGCAGCGUGUGUCAAAGUGCUCAUUAAAUACGGCUGUGAUGUCAAUGUGCAGGAUUCGUAUGGUGACACAGCCCUGCAUGAUGCCAUAGGGAAGGAGAGCGUAGAGAUCCUGGAGCUGCUUGGGAACUGCCCCCACCUGGAUGUGACUCUGCGCAACAAGAGAGGCUUCAAUGUGCUGCACCAUGGAGCGCUCAAGGGAAACAAUUUUGCGGCAGAGAAACUUGUCCUGCGGUCCAGACAGCUUGUGGACGUGAGAAAAGAGGAUGGGUUUGCAGCACUUCAUCUUGCAGCCCUCAAUGGCCAUCGGCAAGUGGCCGAGACCCUCAUCACCCUGGGCAAGGCAGCUGUUAACAUUACCAACAACAAAAGGCAGACACCUCUCCUGCUGGCAGUGUCUCAGGGUCACUGUGGUGUGGUGGAACUGCUGGUAAACCACAAGGCAGACAUCACUGCCUGUGAUGAGGACGGAGACACACCCCUCCACCUGGCACUCCUCAAAAACUCCACUACAUCUCUCACCCACCCAACACAUGCCCCCACUAUCACCAAGAUCCUGGCAGACAUUGGACAGAAAGGUUUCAAAAAUAAUGUGUCACUGGCCCUUGCUUGUUUCUUGGCCCAGCGAGGGUGUAGUGUGACGUCUGCCAACCACCGGAAAAAGACACCGCUCGACCUUAUUAAUGACACCAGUACAAUUGAUCUCCUACAGAGCUACACACCACAAGCUGGAGGAGGUAACGCUCGCAUUGACAUGGACAUCAAGGCUCUGGACUUGGCUUCUGAGGACCUACGACACCACAGCCUAGAGCAAGGUUUCCCACAGUGUCCUGCUAGUCCAGGCAUUCCUACAAGGUCUGGUCCCCUCUCACAGCCAGUCAGCCCAGCCAAGGUAGCAGUAGAGCCAAACAAAGUUGUGCCCACACCUCAGGAACCUCAGAACAACUGUGAUUUGGAAAAAGUUGAGGAAAGUGAUGGAGAAUGUACCAUCUGUCUGGAGUUUCCAGCAGUGGUGGUGUUCCAGCCAUGUGGUCACUGCCUCACUUGUGAGGAUUGCUCCAGCAGAAUCAAGAAGUGCUUCCAGUGUCAUACAGUCAUCACACUAAAAAACACAAAAGAUGGCAAGACAGUAUCCAGCAAGGCAAGACAGCCAUCAGCAGAGAGACUACGUUAUCUUGAGAACAAAAUUAUGGAGAUUGAGGAGGCACACUGCUGCAGCAUCUGUAUGGAGCGCCGCAGGAACGUGGCCUUCCUUUGUGGCCAUGGAGCAUGUGUCAUCUGUGCCCAGACACUUAAGACUUGUCACAUGUGUCGCAAGUCUAUCACCAAGAAAAUUAAUUUAUACUGAAAUAUGCACAAGUGAUAAUGGACACUGCAUUGAUUGUGGCAUAUUGACCUGUGGUGAAUUUUACUUAAAUUUUCUGGUUUACUGGAAAAGUUUUAUUUAUAUUUUGGUGAGUUUUCACUUCAAGGAGGAUGGCUAGAUGGUGGAUUACUUAACUGGAGUGAGGAACCAACAUGGAAAUUUUAAUGUUGUGGCAGCCACCCAAAUAUUGCCACUCUUUAAAUUAGGAAAAAUCUGGUGCUACAUCAUUUUUCUAAUCUUUGCUGCAUAUGGAGAUGUGCUGGAGCCUUCCUUAGGAAAUCACAUGACUUGAGUGGAAGUCAGCACAGAACUAGCAUAACACUUGGUGCUCUACCCACUAGUGUAAGGUGUAGUGAGGGCACAAAUAUAGUCAGUAUGUGUAGUGAAGCCACAUUUUAAGCUCCUCAGUCAUUGAAUUCACCAUAUCAUUGGUAGUCUUUCUGUCAAUCUUUCUCAUCUGCUUGAUAUUCAGGAUAGGAAGUCAAAAGCACCAUGACUCCUGCUUUCUGUGCCUCAACUGACCACAGAGCCAGCAACAGGCCAAGCAGGGCAGGGCUGCAGUUACUUUGUGGUGUGUUGACAGUGUGAAAGUGUGAAGUUGUAUUGUGGAACUUAGCACUUAAGUUUUGUUCCCUUAUCAAUCUGAUCCUGGUAUAAUUGUUAUUAAGGGAAAAUGAGAAUGACUUAGUGUGAAAGAGAGAGUGCGAGUGGGAGUGAAGAAUGUUGUAUCAUAAAUAGGACUGCAUUCUCAAAUGUUUUGGUGCUUUAUCUUGACAAAUUUUUAUAGGCUUUAGUGGAAGUUAUUGAAGGUUUUCAAAGGUGUUUUCAUGAUUAAAAUAGCAGUUUUAACAAGAAUUAUAUACUAUAAAUAAAAAAAAAAACAUCAUGAGAACCUUACGGUUUCACCUGUGUUGCCUUUAAAAAUAGUCUUGGUGAGACCCCAAAGUAUUUAAUAAUACAAGUGUAGUUCAUAUCCGUUUUGUGAUAAAACCACAAACCUCAGGGGUGCUGUUAAAAUUCAGAAUUAAUAUGGAUGACACAAACAUAUCAUUUUUGCUAUGAAAGUUCUGUAUAUCUUAAAAGCAUUGCACAUUCUACUCUUGAAUAGUUGAUAUAAAUUUGACACACCUUUGUUAAGAAUAAGGUGCCAUAGCUUGUCUGUAUACACUGAAAUGGUAAUGAAUUGUCUGCUUCACUGCCCACUUUCUAUGAAAUUAUCACAAAUUUAUGUUAAGCUCUUUCUAGGGACCACAUUCUCAGGUGCUUUGGUGUCUCAUGUUGACUAUUUUUAGCAUGUUUAAACAGAAAUUACUUAGGAUUUCAAGGAUGUUUACUUGAUUCUAGUGAUACUUUAAGAAAAAUUCUGCAUUAUCAUUGGGGAGGAAAAAAAAAAACAUCAAGAAUCCAAGUAAUGAUCUUUAUAUCCUUUGAAAAUAGUCCUUGUGAGAGAACAUAGCAUUUUGAAAAAUAUGGACCCAAGUCUUGCAUCUAACAGCUGUAGGCUUUUAUACAUGGAACUCAAUG